GGCAGGCGUCGACGCAAACACGUAUAAAGGCCGGCGUCGCGGCGCCCUCGGCGUCAUUCCCGCGCAGACACUAAAGCCACGGUGCCCGGUCGCGCGGCGUCGGUGACCUACAGAGGAGAGCCGUAUUGCAUCCUCGGAGUCACGUGUGAAAGCACGCACGGCCGAACGAACGAACGAACGAACGAACGAACGGAAGAAAGGAACGCUGUCCCUCGCGCGCACAAAAAAUCUCACCCCCGAAGAGCAAGAAAGGGAACAAAGAGGAAGAGAGAGAGAGAGAGAGAGAGAGAGAGAGAGAGAGAGAGAGAACGCGAACGACAGCUUCUCCUUACGUCUCUCUUUCCCUCGCACCUGAUUGUCUCGCAGGACCGCAGGAUCGCUGCCGAUAUUUUCCCAGCAACAGAUCCGCAACGACGUCAUGAGACCAACAUCAACGAGUCUGACUGCCAUGAGGCUCAUCAUGCUCUGUCUGUUGAGCGUGGUUGGUGAAUCGACGGCGGCGAUGGAGGAUAUGCCGUCUUCAUCUCUGCAUAUGCCGCGAUUAAAUCCAUUGUUGAACCAUGUUGAGUACGAGGAGCCUUCUGAGAAGAGGUCGUACGCUUACGUUUCCGAGUACAAGAGGCUACCACUGUACAACUUCGGCAUCGGAAAGCGAUGGGUCGACGACAACGAGGAUAAAAGAACACGGCCCUUCUCUUUCGGCAUCGGCAAGCGUCUGCGAGACUACAGGUUCGGCAUAGGCAAGCGCAACAGCCACCCCCUCAACCUGGAUUACCUUCCGGCCGACAACCUCGAGGCUUAUCACUCUCGCGAGGACAACGCGGACGAUCUCAUGGAGGAGAAGCGCAGUAACCAGCCGUUCAGCUUCGGCAUCGGGAAACGCGGCUGGAAGUUGGCCGGAGCGACAGCGAGGAGACCCAACGCCGACGUCGUCGCUGCUCCGCGUUAUUUACUGAGCUUGGGCAAAGGCAUAGGCGAAGACGAGGAGAUGGCUCAGUAGAGCUUCCUCGC